AUGAAGCUUCCCACGUCCUUGUGCCUUGUCGCGAGCCUGGGAGCGGGCUCGGUGCUUGGCUGGAAUCACGUCACCGAGGCGAGCUUCCGGAAAGCCCUGCGCUCCAACGAGUACACCCUGGUAGCUUCUCUGGAGCCGGAAUGGACCUCGAUCCAAGAGACAGAACGAGAUAACAACGUCGUCAGUCUUGACUGCGGCGCCAAGCGCAAGCUAUGCGACGAGUUCCACGUCAUCUCAUACCCGGCCAUACGCCUUUACCACCAGGAUGGGAGGAUGGACCGGUAUAGGGGGCCGCGUAGAGCCAAGGAGAUCGUCCCCUUCCUCCGCCGUGCCCUCCGCCCGACUGUGUCCCGGCUCGACGACAAAAACAUAACGUCCUUCAUCGGCGUCGACGACGUCGUGCUGGUCGCCCAGCUGCAGCCGCAGGACCGCGUCCUGGAACAGGCCUUCGUCUCGCUGGCGGGCCGCUUCCGGGACCGGUACUCGUUCGCCGUCGGCCCGCCGCCCGAGCACGCGCGCUCGUCGUCGGUCGGGUGCUUCAACAACCGCGAGGGCGAGCAGCGGUCGUCGGCCGAGUUCGACGCCGUCGGGUCGCUCGAGCGCUUCGUGACCCUGUGCGCCAAGCCCACGAUCGUCGAGCUGACGAGGCGCAACGAGAUGGAGAACAUGCAGCUGGGCAAAAGCCUGGUGCACUACUUUGUCGCGUCCGACGCCGACCGCGAGGCGUACCUGGCCGAGAUGCGCCCGCUCGCGCAGAGGUACCGCGAGUACCUCCAGUUCACCACCAUCGACGUCGGCGAGUACCCGGAGAUGCUGGCGCCGCUGGGGCAGGCCCCGGGGGUGAGCAAGGGGCUGUCUGUCUUCAACCCCAGCAAUGGGGAUGUGUUCCCGUACAGUGGCGGGCAGGCGCUUUCUGCCGCGGUGGUCGAGGCGUUUCUGAUGGACAUCAUCAGCGGGAAGGUCCAGGCGCUCGGGAAGGGCGGCCAAGGCAGCCAGAAUGCCGAUGCUUCUGCGGGAGCUGCUGCACCUGGGGGCGGCGCGGGCCACGAUGAGCUGUAG